CUGGCACGGGGAGGGAUGAGGCGGGGCCGCCCAGCCCUGGGGCGAGGUGGAGGCGGAGCCGGCACGGGGCGGGGCCGGCGUGGCGUGGGGCGUGGCAGGGGCGGGGCGAGCCGCCGGCGGGCAGGGGCAGCCGCUAGUGCGCAUGGGCGGGUGUCGUGUGCUGCCGUAACUGACCUCAGGCGUAUAUACGGUGUGGGAAUCGUUGAGGAGGCAGUUCGCUACGCGCUCCCGGUCGUCAACAGGCCUGACGAAGCAAGUACCCUGAAGGAAGGUGUACAGAAAGGGGAGGCGGCGAUCGUGACCGUCACCGGAAGCGAGUACUUGGUGAAGCCGGUGGAGGAGGAGGAAGCCGAUGAUGGUGGAAAUGGUCUGGACUCUGAUGACCUCAGCUCAGGGGAGGCCCAGCUGGACCUCAUCCUCCUGGGGCUGGAGGCUGAUGAGGAGAAAUGCCGGAGCAUCCGCAAGCAGUACCGGCAGCUGAUGCGGAGCGUGCAGCACAACCGCGAGGACAUCGUGAACACGGCCAGCAACUCGCUCACCGAGGCGCUGGAGGAGGCCAAGGUGCUGUUCGAUGGCGUGAGCCGCACCCGGGAGGCGGCCCUCGACGCCCAGUUCCUCGUUUUGGCUUCUGACUUGGGGAAAGAGAAGGCGAAGCAGUUAAACUUUGACAUGAGCUUUUUUAACCAAGCAGCGUUUUGUGACUUCCUGUUCAUAUUCAUGGGCCUAAACUGGAUGGAAGACGAGCACCACGAGCUGAGUAGCUGUGAUGGGACCGCGGCUCUUCACUUCUGGGAGACGCUCCAGAAGGAAGCAGCAUGCUGGAUGCUGCGAGCGGAGAAUUUCCGCUAUAUCUUUGGUUCGUUCAAGCCAGAACCUUCCGUACGAAAGCCUCGACUUGAACAUCAGAAGAGAGUUCGCAGACUGAAGGGAAGCGGAGACAUGCCCACAAAGUUGAGGAAGCUGGACCUCAGUAGUAAUCAUGAGGCUACAGAGAAAGAAGUGGAGAGAAUCCUGGGGUUGCUGCAGACGUACUUUCAGAAGUACCCCGACAGUCCUGUGUCUUAUUUUGAGUUUGUGAUCGACCCGAACUCUUUCUCUCGCACCGUGGAGAACAUAUUCUAUGUUUCUUUCAUUGUAAGGGAUGGCUUUGCAAGAAUAAGCCUCGACCAGGACAGACUGCCAAUAUUAGAGCCAAUUAGUAUUAACCAAGUAGAUGAGGAAAAUGAUCCCAGUUUUCAUAGCAGGAAACAAGGAAUUAUCUCUCUGAGUUUACAGGACUGGAAGAAUAUAGUGGCAACUUUUGAAAUUUCAGAGGCUAUGAUCACAAACUCGUACUAGAAAGAUUUUUGUUGCUAGUGUAGGAACUAUUUUGUGUUUCCUGAAAUAUCUCAAAAAAUGGAGAGUGAAAUCUAAACAGAAAUGUAUAUUGUAUCCCAUGCAAAGUGAAAAAGUGUUUUAAGAACAUCAGAAGUUUUACUGUGCACUAUAUUUUUCUUGAUAAUUUACAAUGUCAUG